AAAUGAUGGAUACGUAAUUCUUGAAAACCUUUAAAACGUACAAGUAACUCGCGAUUGAAUUUUUUGAAGGUGUACAAUAGGAUCUAUUUUUCUCUCCCCUUGAUAGAAAUACGUAACUAUAUACAUCUACACAGGAAGUUACACUUUACGUGACAUCCUAUUAGCGUUUGUCGUUCGUAGUUCCUUAGCACAACAUCCUUUCUGCAUGUCACCGCACAAUGUCAAUUAUCAUGUGUAUGGUCCAUGACGAGCGGUAGCAGGUGAGUAUAUAAACAGCAGUAGCAAGUUUUGAAACUUGAGAUCAAGACUGAAGAUCGACAACUUUCAGACAAACUGAAGGAACUAAAGAAGCAGGUGAGGCAAAUUUCUCGUGAUUGUUUCGUAUUGUUAAGUUGGCUUAGGAGAGAGGUUUCUAAAACCAUUCGGCCUUUUUGUAAAUGACCAACUGCAAAAAGGGACGACUUAAUUACGUUCUGGGUAAAAGAGGGGUAUUGAAACUUGCCAGUUUGGAACAAAAAAAUGCAGUUGCACUCAAUCAGGACCAACUUAGGACACUUAGGCCUUUCAAACUUCAUGAUAGCUCUUGGCAAUUAAUUAGGUUUCUUUCAAAUGAUCGUUUUUUAGAAGUAAUUUACUUACUUUUAAUAGGAAUCAACCGGAGAAAUCGUUUCUUUAGAUAUGAAAUUUUAUCCUUUAAGUUUUGUAUCACCAGCCACCUUCAGAAAUGUUUUAUAUGUAUCCUGAUGGCUCUAAAAUCCUGGUGGCAAAGAUUUAUACUGAACUACGGCAAAUCAACACCGCCUAAUUAAUUACGUUCUACUUUUUGACUCACAGAUUCGAAGAUGAAUAAAUUUGGCAAAGAAGCACUUGAUGUCCACAACAAGUACCGAGUCCUUCAUCAAGUACCUGAGUUAAAGUGGUCAAGAAAGUUAGAGAAAGACGCAGAAACGUGGGCCAAUCAGCUGGCCAAAGAAGGCCGCCUGAAACACGACGAUACAGAUGACGGAGAAAAUGUGUAUGCUGUAAUGGGAAAAGAUGACGUUACUGGAGCAGAAGUCGUUGAUCGGUGGUAUUCAGAAGUUGAAAAGUAGGUAGAAGAAUUAAACAUAAAUAUAAGUAUUUGAAUUAACGAUAAAUGCGAAAAAAGAACACUUGGUGUGUUACAAUCGCGAUACUCCUGACACUGCACAGGCCUGCAGAUGAGACAAAUCAGUGCUUAUUUAUAUACUUCAUUUCUCGAUAAUUUCAUGUAGUGAUAAAUAGAAAUAACCCAGUCCGAAGUUAACAAUACUAUGUUCUUCAAAUUAAGCCCAUUACACUUUUUCGGAGUUGCAUCACAGGACAUUGUCACUUAAUUAAACGUUUUUCUCUUUUUGCUAAACACCACUUGCCUUAAGUAGUCCAUGUUAAAGCCAUUGGGGGAAAAGUGGGAUCUUACAUAGAGGCAUGCUAAUUCUCCAGUUCGUUCUAUUCUGGCAUCCCUUAUUUAAAUCUGAAUGAACAUGACUUACGGUCUUCUUGGAUAAGGGUAAACCCGGGUUCAUAUAUGUUCAUGUUUUUUCUCACAGAUACGACUUCAACAACCCUGGAUUUAAAAGCGGCAUAGGUCAUUUUACCCAGGUCGUGUGGAAGGAAACCAAGGAAUUAGGAAUUGCCAAGGCCAAAGGCGAUGAUGGAAAGAUCUUCGUUGUUGCUCGAUAUCAUCCGGCGGGAAAUUACAUGAAUCAGUUUCAGGACAAUGUUAAACCCAAGGUAGAUGUUUGCCAUUUAAAGGUUCUACAAUAAGCUUAAGACUCUGUGUUCGGGAAGACCUUCAUCACUAUUCAGCUUUGCAUGUCUCACUUAUAUUUGCUGAGAAGGGUGGUGCAUGAACACUUUCAUGAUAAACUUGCUGGAAUAGUUUUAAAAAUGCCAACGGAAGAGGAAAAAUAGAAGAUUGAUCGAUUGAUCUAAUAUAAAACGCCAAAUACCAUUGAUAAAUGAGCGAAUAACUGGUAGAAAUACGUGACUUUCUGAGCUUUUAAUAAACUCUCUGUUUGCUCUCGCUCAAGGCAACUGAACAGAAUGGCGACGCCGCCAACCCGGCAGAGACAAAGAAAAUCACCAUUGACUCGGAGAAAAGAGGUAGGCCAUAUAAAGAGCCCAUCUUUAUAACAUGAGUUGAUAUCUAUAUUUCUAUUAAUAGUUCUUAUGAUAAUUUCAGUAUGAUAGAGAAAAUGAUCGUCAGCAUCAGAAGCAUAGUUAUAAUGUUUCUGUCGGCAUCAAUCAACAAAAGACUUUCAAAAUGGUACUUGAGCGAUCCGCUAAACUAAGAAUUAUAUCCUACUGUUUUUGUUUACCUAUUAUUUCAUAUGUGUUGUUUCGUUUUAGUAUUUGUUUUGUAGUGUGAUGGCUGUUUUCAAAUAAAUGCGCUGAUUUUUUUGCUUAAUGCCAGUUCUUCAGUUUAUCCAACAAAAAAAGUUACCACAUGUAGUACGGACUAAGUUCAGCUGUAAGUUGGAGACGAGCAAAAACGGUUUUAAUUGAGUUCAACCCUGGCCUUUAACCCGAGCUUACACUUAGUCUUUUCCAACUAACCAACAUAUUUAACCAUUCUUUUAGACUGUAAAGCCACAUCCUCCCCUAAAGAAGAAUUUCCAAAGCAAUCUCUGGACGCGCACAAUAAGUUUCGUUCAAUGCAUGGCGUGCCACCCUUGAGUUGGGCUGAUGACCUGGCCAAGGAAGCACAAGCGUGGGCUGAAAAGCUGGCAAAUGCUCGAACAUUACAGCAUGCUAGUAAGAGUGAAAGAAAUGAUGCUGGAGAGAACAUAGCCAUGUUCACAGGGAGCUUUGAUACAGCUGGAGAAAAAGCAACUGACAUGUGGUACGUAAUACGCAGGCUUCUUCAUUGGGAACUAGGACAGGAAACAAUAACUAAGAAUAACUCCAGAAUCAGUUUACUGUGAACAAAAUAAGCCUCUGUAAAGCGUACAACCAUUAGAUCGACAAUUUAUGAAAGAUAUCCCUGUGGAGCUUUCAAAAUGUGUAUACCAUAAAAUUGUUUUGUUGAAAUCAUAAUUCGUAUUAAAAAGGUUGAGUUUGAUCGUCCGGGUGAACGUAGUCCUGAAGAGGACUGUUGUUGUUGACAGUGACUGACGUUUCGACAACCUGUGCGGUAGUCGUAUUAGUUUCCAGAUCAUUCAAUUCACACUUACAACCAAUUCACCAGGCGUUACCAAAUAAAUCCCUGAACGAUGCUUUACAAAUAAUGCAAGGCUGAUAGGACAGCUGAAUUAGUUUUUAACAUUGUCAGCAAUCGAUACUUUGGCUUCACUCAACAGACGGGGAUGGUAAUAGCGAGUAUUUAGCAAUUAAUGAAUGAGGCUGAGUAAGAUAUGAAGAAUUCAGCAGAUCGAGGCGGGUGUUAUCUAAAGAGGCUGAAGGUCGAGGUGGAUAACACCCUCCCAGAUCUGCUUAAUUCUUCAUAUCCUACGAAAGCCGAAUUUGCCUGUAUUAUUCAUUCAAAAUAUUUCCUAGUUAAAAACAUAGCUAAAACAUGCUUACCUACAUCAAUGUUAAGUUUACCUUCGAUAGUGUACGUUUAGGUUUGUCCAGCCCCAAAUAUUCUCCAAAUAUCAGAUGUCGCCCCGUAAAUAUUCUCCAAAUAUCAGAUGUCGCCCUUCGAGUUGUCUUCUUGCUGUUUUUGCUAUGUUUUCAGCCAUUAUUUCGCCUAGUUCCAGCUGUAGUUCUUACUCUUGAAACGAGUGAAGUGUCCGUAAUUUUAGUUUUCACAACGAAAACAACUCAACCUCGUCCCCAGGUCUUCUCGGUUGACGGUGCAUUAACCUGUAGAAGGCUGCAUUUUUGACGUUAUUUCCUCGUUAAACACAAAAUUCUUCCACAAUUGGUCAUCAGUAACUGGUUAUGGUGAAUUAUGCGUGUGCUUUCAGCCAAUCAGAAUUGGGGAAAUAUUUUGAAUGAAUAAUAAUUGUAGUUUAAGGUGUCUGUAUGAAGUACUUAUGAAAACUAUAUUAUAUUACUUGAAUGAAAAGAGUCUAAUUAUGUCAGUUUGCUUUACGUUUGACGUGUCAUUAUUGCCUCUUUAUUGCAGGUAUGGCGAAUACAAAGACUAUGAUUUCAGUCGUGGUGGAUGGCAGAAAGGAACUGGACAUUUUACCCAGGUCGUAUGGAAAAGUACCAAAGAGUUGGGAAUUGGCAGAGCGAAAACCGCGGACGGAAAAUUGACGUUUGUGGUUGGCAGAUAUCGACCUGCAGGCAACAUAAUCAACUACAUGGCAGAUAACAUUUUCGACUUGAGCCACAAAGCAUAAAUUCAAGCACACUGAACGUUUUCCUUUGUAUAACCUUUAAGAAUCAACGGCGUUCUUUGAAAUAGUCUGUAAGAGUUAAGUGAAUACCGAAAAAUUCCGAAAAUAAACCCCUCCAUGUAUAAGCCCCUCCAAAUAUAAGCCCAACAAUCUCGUACCGCAAAAAAGCCCUCCGUUAAAUCGCCCUCCAAGUAUAAGCCCCCGGGGGCUUGUACUUGGAAAUUGCCCUCAAAUUCAAAAAGAAAACAAAGCAAAAACUGUACACUAACAGAUAAAUUUUUGCAUUUCAUACCAAAGAACCAUUACGUGUGCCAAAUGAUUGCAGUCAAAAAGUGGGUCACUGACACUAUAUAUUACUGUUUGCGUAGUUCACUCCUAACUCUUGGCUUGGAUUUCCUUGUUCCAUAUAGACAAAGUACUUGCAUAGCUGAGUUUUUGUAAUAUCUACGUCCUCAAGGCGAGUUUCCGUAAAAGAAUUCUGAAAAUUACUCACUGACACAAAUUUCCUUUCAACUUUAAGCUAGCCCAAUCGAUUUUGAAACUCAAAUUUCCCUCUGUAUAUAAGCCCCUCCAAAAAUAAGUCCCUCAAGAAGGCCCUUUGAAAACUAUUGGCCCCGGGGUUUCUUUUUCGGAAUUUUACGGUAGUUUACGACUGGUCUAUAGGCAAAACUACAGUUAAAAACUAGUAAUAGUUAACACUACAGCUGCCCCCGCUCUGUAGAUUGUCGGUCAAUAGCAUUCUUGUUCGUUGUGUGGCUCUUUGAAAUAUAGCGAUUCAAGGAAGGAAGAUUUUCACACAUGUUCCAUACAAUAGGUGAGAUAAAUACAGGAAACGCAAGGUUCCAUGCACAGUUUCAGGUCGAUUUACACAGCUUUGAUCAAAACAUUCUCAGUUUCGAGAAUAGUUUAUUCUAAACCAUAAGAAAAGAUUUAAUUAGAAGUUGAAU